UCCUUUCAAUUUCACCUCUCAAUUUUUACGGACGCCAUGCUUCGCCGAUCAUCAUGCUGCUCGUCUCCUGCCAAAAUCAAUUCCAUGCUAGGUCGUGUGGUCGAAUCACAUAACAAACGAUAUGAGGUUGUGCGUGAAGCAAAAUACGACCCAUGAGCUAUAAGAUCUUACAGAAAACCAUCGAACAGGAUUCUAUAACAACCAAAAGAAUUUGAAAAGAAAAGAGGAAAAAAUUGCAACUAUGACAGGUGUAGAAAAUAUGAAGAAGAAGCUUGGGAUUUUGUUCGAUGCUGACGGGCCUCAAGAUCCUUGUGCUUCUUACAAGGUUUCGGCUGGUGGAACAUUGAACUUACUGAGUAGAUCAUGUGGAGAAUACAACAUCAAUGAACUUGGUUUACAAAAGAGAACUUCAGCAGGCAUGGAAGAUGAUGAUAGCAAUGAGAAGACAUAUCAGUGUGCCUCACGUGAGAUGUGCAUAUUUGGUACAAUUGGGUGUGGUGCUAGUAGUGUUGUAUGCAAGGCGAUCCAUAUACCAACUCAUCGAAUCUUAGCGCUGAAGAAAAUAAAUAUUUUUGAGAAGGAAAAAAGGCAACAAUUGUUAAAUGAGAUACGGACAUUAUGUGAGGCACCUCAUGGGAAUGGCUUAGUAGAAUUUCAUGGUGCUUUUUACACUCCUGCAUCUGGCCAGAUUAGCAUUGCUUUGGAGUACAUGGAUGGAGGCUCCCUUGCAGAUAUUUUGCGAGCCAAGAAGUCCAUACCUGAGCCGAUUCUUUCUGUUAUCACACAUAAACUCUUGCAUGGAUUGAACUUUCUACAUGGAGUUAGACAUCUAGUCCAUAGAGAUAUAAAACCCGCCAAUCUGCUCAUAAAUCUCAACGGGGAACCAAAAAUCACAGAUUUUGGUAUCAGUGCUGGUUUGGAGAACUCUGUUGCAAUGUGUGCUACAUUUGUAGGUACCGUCACAUACAUGUCACCAGAGAGAAUCAACAACGAAUACUAUUCUUACCCAGCAGAUAUUUGGAGCCUGGGAUUGUCAAUUUUUGAAUGUGGUACAGGACAAUUCCCUUAUAGUGCAAGCAAGGGACCUGUGAAUCUCAUGCUACAGGUCAUAUAUGAUCCAUCUCCUUCACCUUCACGAGAUCACUUUUCAGAGGAGUUCUGUUCCUUUGUUGAUAUUUGCCUACAGAAGAAUGCAGAUGCCAGGCCAACAGCAGAACAGCUGUUAUCACACCCCUUUAUUAAAAAAUAUGAAAAUGCAGGAGUUGAUUUAUCAGCAUUUGCACAAAGUAUUUUUGAUCCUGUUGAGCGUCUCAAGGAUUUAGCUGAUAUGCUUACUGUACACUAUUACAUGCUUUUUGAUGGUCCUGAUGAUCAAUGGCAUCAUACAAAGACUUUGUACCGCGAGAAUUCUUCUUUCAGCUUUACUAACCAGGUAGUGGUUGGAGCUAAUGAUAUUUUUACUACUCUAUCAACAAUACAUAGCAUGCUCGCAGGAGAUUGCCCAGAUGAAAGGCUUGUUCAUAUAGUUGAAAACCUUCAGUGUUGUGCGUACGGUCAACAUGGUAUUGUAAUACGUGUAUCUGGGUCAUUUGUUCUGGGAAGCCAAUUUAUACCUACUGGGGAUGGUGUGCAAGUUGAGGGUCUUCCACAAUAUUCUUCAUCAGUCUUGGCAUCACAAAGGAUGGGAACCUUUAAUGAACAAUUCAUCAUGGAACCAAGAGAGAUGAUUGGUUGUUAUUACAUAUUGAAGCAGGAGCUACACAUCCAACAGUGAAAAUACAAGUGAAUGCAUGUAUGCUCCCAAUUCUUUAUCUGCAUUUGUGCAGUGUAUAGAACAGCAUGUGGGUAAUCGUGGAGUUUGAAACUUGUGUAAAAAAUAUAGAAACUGAUCUCUGUGUUUCCUCAAAUCUUUGGUUGAGAUCUUUGAUCAUAUCACAUAUUUUAGAGCUACGAAGCAACAGGCCAAGAACUCGAAGCAAGUCUGAGUAGUUGUUGUAAGAAAGAUUUCUUGACAACUUACUAUGUCUCCUUAUGCAUAUUAAAAUUCACAGACUGGGAGCAAUCACAGAUGACAAAGACAGCAUCCACCAGUCUGAUAAAUAGUAGAUAAUUCAGUGACUCUUCGUCUCAAAUCACAAAAAUGUAGGGAAAUUAAUAACAGAAAAAGACCAUAGAUCAGAGAGUUUCCCAGUUCAGAUUAGAACUUAAUAUGUGGCUGGUAAUAAGAGAACAUAAAAUAUCUAGUAAUUUAAAAAAUCAAAAUGAAUUUUAGUCUA